AUGUCAAUAACAGCCAGCUCUGCGUUGAUUUCAGGAACCAGUGGCGGCAAGAUGAACGUGCUCAACGGCAUCUUGACCGACUUGUACAUGGUCUUUCUCCUCCUCGCCAUAUGGGAGCUCAUCUUCGGCCAUGACUUGCUCUUCCAGCCCGCGCGGGUCGCACUCGUCGCCAUCACUGUGGUAUCAAGUAACGUACUGCUUCAAAAGAUGCAAAGAGCCUUUGUGGCAUCUGAUGGAAAUAAACGCUGUGGUAGGGAAUUGUGCGUGACAUCAAGUCCAGAAGCGUUGAUGUAAGUAGCUUCACCUUCAUCAUGUGCGGCAAAUUAUGCGUCAGCUUUGUUUUCCAUAUCGAUAUCAGGUACUCCUGUUUGCGAUUCCCUAUCGCAGCUUGACAAGUAGCUCAACAGAAAACGCCGGCGCUGUGCAGAGUAUGUGUGCGAAUUUUUGAGUCAUGGGUGGUCAUUGUGAUUCGGCGUGCAGCUAGAUAAUUGCAACAGCGUGGUCGUGUGGCAUGUUGAUAGCCAUAGUCUCAUUUCGCCAUGAGUAGAGAGGACGAGGCAACAAGAAAGUGAACAAGGAAGACGUCAGAAUUCGGUUCAAGUUACGGCCAAAAUGUUGAAAAUAGAAUUGGUCCGCACGUGUUGAUGUACUAGUUGUACCAAAACUAGCAUCGGGACACAGAGUUUUUAGCUGCGCGCCGCAAGAACUUUUUGCCCUAAUGUCUCAACUUUCAGCCGCAUAGUGUGGAGAAGGCCUUUCCAGCAGCAGACUGCACAGGGGCUUCCCAGGGUAGAAAAGACCACGAAAACCGGCAGCAUAAAUGGACUCGAGUACUUACUUCUUACGCAAUAUAUUUUUGAAAUUAAUAUCGCAGUUGAGUUCGUGUUCGCUCUAAUGGGUGAUCCUCUUCCAGGAUUUUAUGUUUGCACUUCCUUUAUGAUGUAUAAAGUGACACUGCAACAAGAGGAACAGAACUACUUAUUGUGGGUAGAAUUUAUAUGUAGUCAUGGCAUAGUAGGUAGAGUAGUACUGGCACGACCAUAUUUUUAGAAUGACAAGAAAAAGAUAAUAUGAUGAGAAGUAAUAUCUAAUGCUACAUACGAACAGGUAUGCAAGUAGCGAAAUGCAGGGCUGGCGACCCGCCAUGGAAGACGCCGCCUGCGCUGAGGACUUCUCCGGCAGCGGAAUUUCCUGCCUGCAAGAUUGGGCUUUUUUCGGGGUCUUCGACGGGCAUGGAGGUGUCUACUUACGAUAUACAUAUAGGCCUUAAAAAAUGCAUCUCUCCGACAAUGAAUUCGCUUCAAAAUUUGAUUUUGAGCUCAAAUCUGUAAAAGAAAAUCUUAGAUAAAAAAAAAUCACGGACGUCGGAACAAGAAAAAUUCGAAUGAAAGUAUCAUCUACUUAUUUAUCAGGUGCCGCCGUCUCAAGAAGGAUAAGCACGGAGUUGCAUGGCCACUUUUGCGACAUAGUAAAGAGGAAAUAUAGCAACGCAAGCAGCAGCAUAGAGCCCGAGCAGGUGAAAUACGCCCUGGGAGAAGCGUAUUUACGAGUUUUCUUUUUGGUUUUCUGCUCGACCUCUCCCCGUCAUUUCAUCGUAUUUUUGGAUAGCAGUGGGUCAUGAUGAUGUAGUUCGAUUUAUAGAAUACGUCGAGCAUCAAUUUAUAUAUGUAUUCGAGGUUGGUUAAGUUUAAGUGGCUAUCUUUCAGAUAAAAAAUUUGUGGAUGAUUUAUGACAUUUACCACCUGAAAACAGAUUCGCGAUGAUGGACUUGGCACUUCGAAGAGAGAGUGUCAACGGCGAAUUUUAUGGCAUCAGAAACGAAUAUGAGUGGGGGUGUUGCUAUCUCGCGUUUGCUUAUCACACAGAAAAAAACUAGCAUAUCCAUGUCAUUUUUGUUGUGCAAACAAAAUCAAUACACAAGGAAAAUCUGUGCUGCAAUGCUCACUCCAUCAUGAUCUACUUCAUUAUUAUCAUCAUUCAUGGUGGUUUGCAGAACCGAGCUUGCACACGGCCAGUGAGUUAUGCGAGUCGCAGACUAAAACAACAGCAGAAAAAAAAAAACGCCCCUUUUUAUAAUUCCGUCCUGCUUGCAUACCUGUGAUUUCGUAGGCUCCACCGGCAUUGUCGUGGUGUUGAGCGGGCGCGAUCUCGUCUGUGCCAAUGUGGGAGAUAGUCGAGCACUCCUGGCCCGGGACAACAAGUGUCUCUCCUUGUCUGAAGAUCACAAGCCCGAGAUGCCACAAGUAAGAUUGGUGUAUGUACUUAUUUUGCUGUCGGUUCAUUGGAGGGCGCCAUGCUACUUCACUAGAAUGAUGAAGGUAUGAACGGGAUAAGGAUAACUCGGACGUGCACCUUGCAACCUAGGGGUUUCCUGUGUGUGUUGGACGACGCUCCAGAAAGUUUGAGUUGAGUAUAACGCUGGCACGAUCUUCAUAGUCACGACGUCGCAUCGCGACGAUUCCGUUCAACAUACAGCAACUAGUACUUAAGUACUUCGAAAUAUUACCAGGAGCGCAAACGAAUCGAGAAAGCAGGCGGCAGCGUGGCACAAAUAGGACCCUGCUACCGUGUGGACGGCUGGGGCUUGAACCUCUCUCGUGCCUUUGGCGAUUUCCACUACAAGGGCAGGCCAGACUUGUUAUGAGAGAACACAACUUGUUCCCUUCCUCAUUUGUCAUGCAAAAACCUAAAUUCACUAUCACUCAUCUUCCUCCGUUCUUACCAAUUUUUGCAUAGCAUGUUCCGCACCAGCAGACCAAAGAAACUAACAGCAUCUUAGUCUACUUGCCUGAAUUUGUUACGCAAAACAACAAGCUCGGCUCUUGCCGACGCUUGUGUUACAGCUGUUCGUGCAUGAUUGCGCAGGGGUGGAGGGGGAGUUGUGCAUUUUCAUACUCGGAGCCGUGGGAGCAGAAGGUCUCUGCGGAGCCGGAAAUCCGGAUUUUGCCCCUCCAUGCUAGUACCGACAACUACCUCGUGCUCGGAUGUGUAUCCGAUCGACAUACAAAUGCAUUUCAAGAAAACCUCAGCUGUUUUUCCUUCUGUCUGAAAGAUGCACCAUGAGCAGCUGCUUUGCUAGUACUUUGAUAUUUUUCAUAAAAACUUUUGUUGAUGCCGCCAAUAUAAUAAAUUGCAUUGAAUCUACUACGUAAUUUUUCUUCUGCAUAUUGACCUUGUCCAAUGUUGGGUACGCAGCAAGUCAGAUUUUUUUUGUUGACACGACUGGGCUGCGUGUUGAAAUGAAAAGUUUGCUUGCAUACCCUGACGGAGUGUUUGAGCUGCUGAAGAACCAGGAUGUCAUAGAUUUCGUACAGAAAGUGAUCCUUUUUCCUUUUUUUUGUAUGUCAAAAAAUGCGGGCAUAGUACCCGGCUAAUGUGCAACUUAUUUUUCGAUUUCAUUGAUGUGAGUAGAUUGCAACAUUAUGAUUAUCGUAUUGUAUUUCGGUGCAGGUACAUUGAUGGCAUGUUACUAUUUUGGUUCAUACAACCAGGUCUGCGAGACAACGCGCGACGGCUCGUCUAGCAUCUCACAAGUGGUUGAAUCGCUGCUAGACCAGUGCAUUUCGCCGAAUUUGCUGGUCACGCAAGGAAUAUCAACUGCAAUUAUGUCUGGGUCUCGAAGAAUGCAAUGGUUUUCAUUUGUGUUUUGCAUGGCCCAUGAUGCCUGUAAUGCAUGGCCUAGCGUCACAGAUUAGAUUUCACCCAAGAAGGCUUCCUGAUGCCUAUUCCGCAUGGCAAAUGCCCUCCCCGCGUAUUACAAACUUGGCUCCUCUUGUUGGUCAUGCGAUGCAAAUAUUUUUAGAAUCCAAACACAGCAGCACAAGGUGCAACCUUCCAGACCCAGACAUACUAUUUGCAAUGCAUACGGAAAGGGCGGCGACAACGUGAGCGCGAUCGUGAUUCGGCUGGAAGUAUCAAAAGAAAAAAUCCCCCCUCCCCAUAUCGAAAUGGAAAUCUGUGAUGCAGGAUUUGGGUACACAAAUCGGAUUUGUCUUGCAGUAAGGCAUCGCAGCCAGAUCCUCGGCCUAGGUAGGGGCGUAUAGGUCUAGUUGCUUAGCAUUGCAAACGGGUGUCCCCUAGGCGCAACAGCAUGCCAAAUCGCUUCCAUAAUGGUGCGGAAGCCUCUCCGCGUGUCUUCUUGCAAGACAGGCGUGAUUUGUGACCUCAAAUCAGCAACGGACAGGCGUGUUGGGGGUGAGGGACCCCCAACGAGGCCUGCGGAUAUCAUGGGGAACUAAGGCUCAAAUCAGCAACGCGAAUUUUCGGAAACAUACCUUUUCGAUAUGGGGAGGGGGGAUUUUUCCUCUCAAUAGGAAGGGGCAAUAGGCACUACAGCGACAGCGACAACAAAUACGACGGGCACCUCCGCCGGAGGGGACAAAAGCGACGGAAAAGUCAUAAACAGAACAAGCACGACCUCAUAUCCUACAGAACUACCGAUACCCAUAGAAGUGCCCCAGAGUCUUGUGCUGCGGAUUUGCAAUUAUUUGCAUGCCCACAGCCACAGCCCGGUGAACGUAUAACCUUAACGACGUCUUAUAUGCGGACUUACUUGUUCCUUUUCCACCGGGUCCGGGAUUUAUUUGACUCCUGUUUGCGUCUGGCGAUUAGAACUGCUCUAAUUCCUUCAACAUGAGUUGUGCCAGGAUCAUGUUUAAAAAAUUAUAGGGCUUGUUUGACUUUUCACCUCAAGAACUCUAGGCUCGACUAAUAUAGUGGCGAACAAUCUUCAUGAUCUUCACAACAGUUUCAGGGUUCGUGCAGCGAAGUUUGCAAAACUGUCAGAUUCAUCGCGCGUUCUGAUCUUGACUUCGGGGUGGGUACGUUUUUGCACAGGAUACCUGAUCCGGAGGCGGGGCUAAGGAAGACGACGGCGGUGCGGGGAUAACGACCACGGGGGGCGGCGCUGCAGCUCCGCUCGGGUCGUUGGCCGGCGCGUCAGACGGAGGGGGGCGGAGUAAAGAUGCCUGA